AAAAUAACCCAACCCCCCCUGGGGCAGCCCCCCGGGCACGGGACCCCCGGCACUGCCACGAAGGAGCCCGGGGCCGCCCCUCCCCCCGCGGCCGCGGUGGGUGGGGGCGGGGCUGCGCUGCUGGGCCCCGCCCUCGGCGCAAACCCCGCCCCCUCCCCCUCCCCCCCCUUCCCCGAGCCCAAGGGCGGGGCCGGGGCGGCCCCGCCCCUUCUCAACGGCCCCGCCCCCUUCGGCCCCGCCCCCGACAUCAAGGCCCCGGAGCCGCUGAGCAGCCUCAAGUCCAUGGCCGAGAGGGCGGCGCUGGGGGCGGGGCUGGAGGAGCCGGGACCCCCCCUGCACCUGGGGGAGCGCGAGCUGCUGCUGGGGGCCGGGGGGGCUCCCCCCAGCUCGGGGGGCUCCGGGGGGGGCUCGGGGGGCUCGGGGGGGUCCCUGGGCGAGGUCAGCAUCCCGCUCUCGCUGGGGGUCUGUCCCCUGGGCCCCCUGCCCCUGCCCAAGGAGCAGCUGUACCAGCAGGCGCUGCAGGAGCCCGCCUGGCACCACAUGCCCCACCCCUCGGACUCGGAGAGGAUCAGGCAGUACCUGCCCCGCAACCCCUGCCCCACCCCCCCCUACCACCACCAGCUGCCCCCUCCCCACUCGGACACCGUGGAGUUCUACCAGCGCCUCUCCACCGAGACCCUCUUCUUCAUCUUCUACUACCUGGAGGGCACCAAGGCGCAGUACCUGGCGGCCAAGGCGCUCAAGAAGCAAUCCUGGCGCUUCCACACCAAGUACAUGAUGUGGUUCCAGCGGCACGAGGAGCCCAAAACCAUCACGGACGAGUUCGAGCAGGGCACCUACAUCUACUUCGACUACGAGAAGUGGGGGCAGCGCAAGAAGGAAGGCUUCACCUUCGAGUAUCGCUACCUGGAGGAUCGAGACCUGCAGUGAGGGGAGCCCCAAAAAACCCCAAAAAAACCCCAAAAAAAAAAAAAACCCCAAACCCCCCCGCAUGCCUGGGGGAGGGGGCUCAGAACCAGCGACACCCCAAAACCCCCCUCGGGGUCUCCCCAAAUUUCCCCCUCCCGGUGCUGCCGUGAUUUUUUUUUUUUUUGGGCUGGGGGUUAAAAAAAAAACACAAAAAAAAAAAAACCACAAAAAAAAAGGAAUUUUUGGGGGGGGAUUUUUUUUUGGGGGGGGGGUUCUUUUUUUUUUUUUUUUGGGAGGGGGUUUUGGGGUUUUUCUCCUCCCCAUUCCCCCCCCCCCCCCCACCACCACGACCCCCCCCCUCAGCAGUUGAAGAUAUUUUUCGUAAAGUUAUUUUCAUUUUGGAAAAUAUUUAUGAAUAAAUAGUUUUAUAUCAGA